UCAGCUGGAGCUGCGCCUUUAAGAAGCAGUCAGUCAGGGCAGUGCAUGUUAAUUUUAUUCGACUGUGCACCUUCUGCUCCAUCACCAGACGAUGUACGCCGGUAACUCGCCACAGCUCAGGACCCGCAGCAGCACCGAUGACGCAUCUUGAACAGCGACGGUUCUCUUCAUAAGCAGGUAAUGGAUCCAGUGUGACUGCUGCACCACUAUCCUGCCCAGCUGGCCUGCCUAACCCUUUAGCUAUGGCAACCUGUCCGAGAGGCUGUGCGCCAGCGGUGCGCCUUUGUCAGAAACUGAACCGCCUCAAGACACUAGAAGAUGACAUGAUGGCCACGUCCCUCAAACGCUGCCUCUCCACCCUGGACCUGACGCUGAUGGGUGUCGGUGGAAUGGUGGGCUCCGGCUUGUAUGUUCUGACAGGAACGGUGGCCAAAGACACAGCCGGGCCCGCUGUCAUCAUAUCUUUCGUCUUCGCAGGUAUAGCUUCCUUAUUGGCUGCCUUUUGCUACGCUGAGUUCGGAGCGCGCAUCCCCAAAACGGGAUCCGCCUACAUGUUUACUUAUGUCUCUGUGGGGGAGUUGUGGGCCUUUCUCAUUGGCUGGAAUGUGAUUCUGGAGAACAUGAUCGGUGGGGCUGCGGUGGCUCGUGCCUGGAGCGGCUAUCUAGACUCAAUUUUUAACCACGCCAUCCAGAAUUUCACAGAGACGCACAUUAUGCAGUGGAACGUUCCCUUCCUCGCGCAUUACCCUGACCUGCUCGCGGCAGGAAUUCUGGUGGUUGCCUCAUUUUUCAUUUCCUUUGGCGUCCAAGUGUCCUCUUACCUCAACCACAUCUUCUCCACCGUUAGUAUGGGGGUUAUUGUUUUCAUCCUGGUUUUUGGCUUUGUGCUCGCUGAGCCAGCCAAUUGGAGCCAGGAGCAAGGGGGCUUUGCACCUUACGGCAUGUCGGGAAUACUGGCAGGUUCGGCUACAUGUUUCUAUGCAUUUGUGGGCUUUGAUGUAAUUGCUUCCUCAAGUGAGGAGGCAAAGAAUCCACAGAAGGCCGUCCCUAUCGCCACUGCUAUCUCCCUUGGAUUGGCAGCAACAGCCUACAUCCUGGUCUCCACAGUGCUUACGCUGAUGGUACCCUGGCAUACACUGGACCCCAACUCGGCUCUGGCAGAUGCCUUUUUCCGCCGUGGUUAUAGUUGGGCUGGAAUUGUUGUGGCAGUCGGUUCCAUAUGUGCCAUGAACACUGUGCUGCUCUGUAAUCUCUUCUCCCUCCCUCGGAUUGUGUAUGCCAUGGCAGAGGACGGAUUGUUCUUCUCCAUUUUUGCAAGAGUCAAUCCCAUCACCAAGGUUCCUGUUAAUGCUAUUCUGGUGUUUGGAAUCCUCAUGGCCACCAUGGCUCUCAUCUUUGACCUGGAGGCCUUGGUUCAGUUCUUGUCCAUCGGGACUCUCCUGGCUUACACCUUCGUGGCAGCGAGUGUUAUCGUGCUGCGCUUCCAGCCUGAGAAAACCAGCUCCAAGGGAACGCCUUCUACAUCUCCCAUCCCCAACAACGAGCCUUCUCCUGCCCCCUUGGAAUCUCAGACCAUAUCUGAGGACAGUGAGGAGCCAAAGCAGUACGAGUCCUUCUCAGACAAACUCCAGUUGGUAGAAAGGCAGAAGCAAAAAGAGAGGCGUGGCGUGGGGCAGCUGAAGGCGUGCUGGGAGCCGUACCUGGACAGGCUGCUGGGGGACUGUGAGCCCGGUGAAGUGGUGGCCUUCUGUGUGCUCACUUUGAUAGUGAGCUCGGUGUCCCUCUGUGUUGUGCUAGAAUUUGGAAUGAAACACCUCCAGCUGCCAUUGUGGAGCUUCACAAUGCUUCUGGUGAUUUUUAGCUUAGCCUACAUUCUCAGCCUUGCUAUUAUAUGGGUCCAUGAGCCACAAAGAAACAACAAAACAUUCCAGGUACCUCUGGUUCCAUUGACUCCAGGUGCCAGUAUCCUCUUUAAUGUAUUCCUCAUGAUGAAGCUCAGCUUUCUAACCUGGAUUCGAUUCACUGUGUGGAUUGCCAUAGGUCUUUUUGUGUAUUUCGGUUACGGGAUCUGGCACAGCAAGGAGGGAAUACGGGAGCUGCAGCCCAAAGACAUGGCCGCACGCUAUGUGGUGUUACCCAGCGGCAGCCUGGUAGAGACAGUGCAGUCCGUUCAGCCCGAUAGUCAGCUGGACACCUCAGCGCACCACAUCGACAGCCCCGCUGCCUCAGCAGCCGAGGAUUGCAACAGAAAGAGAUAAUGUGUGACCAGUCGUAAUCAUUAAAACUGCCCGGUGUGUUGUCGCCCAGUCAUAUGCUGUACUAUAACUAGUGUACUAUCUGCAUCUCACUCCCUUUAGCACGUGACAGGCUAUACUCGUUGCUCUGCAAAUGUAUGCACACCACAGUCUGGGGGAUGCACUCCUUCUGUCUUAUUGUGAAGCCUAUUUGUAUAUCUUGUAAUUUUCAAAUGUACAGUAGAGAGCUUUAUUACUGUCCUGCAAACAUUAAGCAUCAAAAUUGUGUUACAUGCCCUAAGACCAGCUCUUUUCUUGCAACCUUGCCAGUUUGUCAGAUUCCACAUAUAUGGUGCUUUCUUUGUGACAAACAGUGGAGUUGUUUUGUUUUUUUAUGUUACCACAGCAGUGGAGCUGCAAAACCAAUGUCUCUUCUUUUUGCUAACAAAGUAGAAUAUCAUUUAAUUCAGUUAAUGCAUUGUUUCCUGUUUGUUGUAAUUUGAACAAAGAAAAGCACAGAGUUCAGUUUUUUCCUUUAUCAGAUUGAGAUUCUUCUCCCCAGAACUGGCUUUUGCUAUUUGGUAGUAUAUAGACUUCCCCAAGUAUUUUUCUUUAGGACAAAGUAUUUAAUCCUAUAAUAUAAGUAAUACUCUAUGUAUUUUUUUUUCGAUUUUUACUAUUUAUACUAUUAUUUUACACAUUAGCUUAGCCAUUCUUGUCUCUGUUAUUUUUGUGUGUCACUCAUAAAUUUUGCAUGUACUUCUAUUGGUCUAUAAUCAGUAAUUAGCUGGUUGAACACUUCAGUUGUUCUGUUAAAUCUCCUAAAUCUCA